UUAAUUUACAUUUUACAUAUAAAAUAACUAGAAAACCGAUAUCGUUUAAUUGUUAUAUUAAUGAUGAAUAUGAAACAAGAACAAGAAGAACGUUUGGAAAUUGGUGUUUUCAAAAACAACCUCGAUCUUAUUUCUGAACAAACGUAUAAAGACGAAGAUGAUGAUGUUUUUGAUGAGUUUGAAACCAAUACGCCGGGACAAAAUGUUGAAAUUAAAGAAGAAAUCGAAUGUGAAGAGCCUAACAUUGAAUCACGUUCGGAUUUUCAGCUAAAAAUUAACAGUGGUUCGAUGCACGGAAAAAAAUUGUGUGCUACAACUAUUAAAAAAGAAUUUGAAAAUACUAGUGAAGUUAAUGCUACGGAUAUCAAAAAUAUCAAGGAAGAGAUUGAUGAAUAUAUUCAGUCUAAAGUUGAACUUUUGACUACUCAUUGUGAUUUACCGACUUUGAAAAAUGAAAAUACUGAAUAUCAAGAAAGUUUAGCAGAGUUGUGCGACAGGGAAGACAAUGAAAGGAUAUCAAAUACAUUAAAAAAUGACGAAAAUGUUACAGAUAUAAAAAUGAAAAGGAAGCAGUAUCGCUGUCAAAAAAGUACGGAUGUUAUGGAUUUAUGUCGACAAUCGGUUUCUUUUGACGAAAAUAUAUUAUGUACCUCCAAUGUUAAUAAAGAAACUGACUUGGCUAAGAACAUAAAAGAAGAAGAGGAAGAAGAAUCAGAUUUGAAAGAGCCUUCAGUUUUCAGAUCAUCUAGAAAAAACCUGUACAAUGUCCAGUUUGGAAGAUGCUACGAAGCUUGUUUCUAUUGUGGCCAAUUUUUUCUUACUAAGUCACAGUUUCUGUACCAUUUUAUUAUCGUUCAUUGUGUAAAGAAAGUAACAGAAGUUUGUAAGCGAAAAUGUGGACAAUUUAAACAUUGUCGGUGUAAAAAUGUACAUACUAUAGUUAGACAUUCAUCUACAGCAAACAUAUUCCAUUUCAAUAAAAAACUAUUGCAAUGUGGGAUUUGUUCUAAAAUAUUUCCAACCGAAAGAAAUUUAAAUAAUCAUUCGAAAAUACACACUAGUAAAUUUUUUUUCAAAUGUCAAAUAUGUUUGAAACAGUUUGGCAAUAAAAAUAAUUUGAAAAUGCAUUUAAAAAUGCACAUUGGAAAAAAACCGUUCGAGUGUAAAAUAUGUUUGAAACAAUUUGCACAGAAAAGCAGUUUAAAAUGGCACUUAAAAAUUCAUACUGGAGAAACAGGGUUCAAGUGUAAAACAUGUUCGAAACAGUUUAUCCGGAAAGGUGAUUUUAUAAGGCAUUUAAGAAUUCACACUGGAGAAAACCCGUUCAAGUGCGAAAUAUGCUCGAAACAGUUUAUUCAGAAAAUCGAUUCAAUUAAGCAGAUAAAAAUUAGUUCAGAAGAAAAAUCGUUCAAGUGUGAAAAAUGUUCGAAGCAGUUUAUCCAAGGAGGCGAUUUAAACGUUUACACUGAAGAAAAAUCGUUCAAUUGCGAGAUAUGUUCGAAACAGUUUACCAAGAUAGGAAAUUUAAAAAGGCACUUAAAAAUUUACACAGGAGUAAAACCCUUCAAAUGUGAAAUAUGUUCUAAACGGUUUAUCGGGAAAAGCGAUUUAAAUAAGCACUUAAAAAUUCACACUGGAGAAAAAGCGUUUAAGUGUGAAAUAUGUUCGAAAGAAUUUGUACAGAAAAGCCAUUUAAAAUUGCACUUAAAAAAUCACACUGGAGAAAAACCGUUCAACUGCGAAAUAUGUUCGAAACAGUUUAUUAGUAAAGACGUUUUAAAAAGACACUAUAAAAUUCAUUCUGGUGAAAAACCGUUCGAGUGUGAAAUAUGUUCGAAAAAAUUUUCAAAAAAGUUUAAUUUAAAAUGGCACUUAAAAAUUCACACUGGAGAAAAAGCGUUUAAGUGUGAAAUAUGUUCGAAACAAUUUGUACAGAAAAGCCAUUUAAAAAAGCACUUAAAAAAUCACACUGGAGAAAAAUCGUUCAAGUGCGAAAUAUGUUCGAAACAGUUUAUCCGAGGAGGCGAUUUAAAAAGGCAUUUAAAAAUUUACACUGAAGAAAAAUCGUUCAAGUGCGAGUUAUGUUCGAAACAGUUUACUAAGAUAAGAAAUUUAAAAAGGCACUUAAAAAUUCACACAGGAGAAAAACCCUUCAAAUGUGAAAUAUGUUCGAAACGGUUUAUCGACAAAGGCGAUUUAAAUAAGCACUUAAAAAUUCACACUGGAGAAAAAGCGUUCAAGUGUGAAAUAUGUUCGAAACAAUUUGUACAAAAAAGCCAUUUAAAAUUGCACUUAAAAAAUCACACUGGAGAAAAACCGUUCAACUGCGAAAUAUGUUUGAAACAGUUUAUUAAUAAAGACGUUUUAAAAAGACACUAUAAAAUUCAUUCUGGUGAAAAACCGUUCGAGUGUGAAAUAUGUUCGAAACAAUUUUCACAAAAGUUUAAUUUAAAAUGGCACUUAAAAAUUCACACUGGAGAAAAAGCGUUUAAGUGUGAAAUAUGUUCGAAACAGUUUAUCCAGAAAGGCCAAUUAAAUGAACAUUUAAGAAUUCACACUGGACAAAAACCGUUCAAAUGUGAAAUAUGUUCGAAACAGUUUACACUGAAAGGUAAUUUAAAUGUGCAUUUAAAAAUUCACAAAGUAGAAAAAACCGUUCAAGUGUGAAAAAUACUUCAUAGGAUUUGGUUAUUUAAAAUCUCACUGAAAAAUUCACACCGACCGGAUAAAGAUCGUUCAAGUGUGAAAUAUGUUCGAAACGAUUUGCUUAAGAAGUUAGUUCGGAAACUCGUUGAAAAGACGUUUUCAAGUGUGAAAUUAUGUAUUGGAGAAAACCCGUCCGAGUGUGAAAUAUGUUUGUGUGUGCGAAUUCGAGAGCUAUGGCUGCAGAAACUGCAUCCAUUUGCUAAACUAAUUUAUAAUUUUCUUUGAUUUAAUGUCGGGAAAAUGCAAUUUUAUGUUUAUCUAAAAUUGAUUUUAUGUACAGGUAAUCUCUACAAAAAUUCGGAGCAUAGCAAUUUCUAUUAGCAAGUCGACCAGUACAAAUUUCAACCGAUGAAGCUUAGUUGCGACAUCUAACUGCUCUUUCACAUGAUCCGGCCUUGAGAAGCGUGAUGUUUUCACACGAGGUCGGUUUCGUCCAUAGCACGCCGCGCGGCGCUUCGGUAUUUUGACAUUUCCAGUUGAGGCUCAGCUAUUGAAAUGUUAACACCGCGGAAAAAGAAAGUGUACUUACUAUGGAGACGGCGAAGCAGAAAAAGAAGAAAUAGGCGGUUUUGGAUUCACCCAUUGCUUCAAAAUCGACAUACUUCUGGGGUCUUUAACGUGUUAUUCAAUUCAUUGCGGAACAGUGAGGAAAGAUUCUUUGCGUACUUUCGCAUGUCAAUAAAAUCAUUUGAUGAACUUUAUGACAAACUGAAAGACAAGCUGCAAAAACAAGAUACAAACAUGAGAAACUCCAUCCAACCUAUGGAAAUGCUUGCCGUUACAAUAAGGUAAGUUUAUAAAUGUAUUUAGUAAUUUGUAGUAUUUGAAAAUGGGUUGUAAUAUGUAAUUUAAGGUUUAACAAAAACAUUAAAAAUAUAUAAAUGGACAACAUUUUUAUUGUUAAGAAAUAUACAAAAGUGUAUUAUAAGAAAUUGAUAUUUUUACUUUGAUAAAAUAUUCCAAUCAUUUGAAUCUCCCUCGAAAUCCAAGGGCGAGACACUUGAUGCUGUAGCACGAUGCGGGGUUGGUGUCCUGGUGGUGGCGUUGGCUGCUAGAUGCUUGCUUCUAGACUGGUUUGUCGGUUAAUUGUAUAGUAAUCUUCACUGCUGGUUGAGGUAUGAGGGUGAAUCGGACGAAUGUAUGGGUUGUUGUAGGACUGGUUUGAAAAUUGCAGAGGAAACUGUGGCUGUUGUUGAGGAUAAUACAUAUUUGGAGGCUGACUCGCGGGAUGUGGGUAGUGGACUUGUUGGUAUUGCGUAGUAGGGACUUGGCUAGUUCCUUGACCCUGUCCUUGGGCCUUGACGUUUUUUAAAACUCCGAGA